AUGGAGAGAUGAAUGGAAACAUUUUCUGAACCAUGGAUUUCCAUACACUACAAAUACAUCUGUCAGUUUUGUCUCAGUGUGCAGAUCGUUUGGGGUUUAGACGAGGUGACAAUCCUGAAUCCUCCGGAGGAGCCUUUGUCAGACUAUCUUUUGAGAAUACUUUACUCUUGUGAUGAACCUGCGACAGUACAGCUGGACUGUAUUGUGUCUUUUGAAAGUGGCAUCACUUCCACACUCUUGCUAAGACAGUGGAGCUGCAGUCCUGGUGACCCUAAAAUAAAGACACUGGAGCUGAACUUGCCAGAUUGGUUGGUGUAUCAAGCUGAUGGGAUUAUUCCAGACUCCCAGUGGGUGCUGAGUUGCAUCCUUCAAGCGUCACUGAGAUACAGUGGAUUUGAUGACACUGACGGGUCUGUUGCAGCUCAGGAUGUGGCAAAUUUGCACCCUAAACCUUUUUUUAGUCGACCUGUGAAACAGCAUCAACUAUGCAUUUCCUGGAGUACACAAAUGCUGCAACUGACUCAACGAUUUUCAAAGAAACAAUGCCCUUUGGAGCAAGAAACGGUGCAUUUGCUGUCUUCAAUAUACGCUUCAACUGGGGAAAACUUUGGGAUCACAAAGACACUGGGCCCUUACAGCAGUGAGAUUCUGGAGUAUUUACGUGUGAACGCCAUCUACUUUCCAUGGUGUAUGUUAUCCAUCUGGAUAUUUGUGACCAGAUACUGCCAAGAAAACAUAUGUGGUGUGCUUCACCAUAUAGACUCCCGUAAUAACUAUGCCUCACUAACACUGUUUCUCAAAGCCUCAGGCCGGCUACACAUCCAGAUGAGUGAGGACUCUGUGAAAUCCUCUGCAUUUAGCUCUUCAUUCAAGGUGCCUUUAAAGAAAUGGUGCCAAAUCAGCUUGAUGUUGCAAGGUAGAAUGGUGACCAUCUCCAUGGUGUGCAUUGAUGAGGAGCAGAAAACUUUUCAUUCAGUUGAACACACAUUUGGGCAUAUUGUCGAGCUGGAUGACACAGACGGAUAUUUUGUGAUUGGUGGAGGGAAAUACGUAAAAGGAGUAGAAGGUUAUUUUGGGCCAUUGGUUUACUACCGCAACCGAAUACCACCUUACAGCAUGUCUGAAGUUGUUAUUCCAGAUGUCAUCAGGACCGUCAACCUGACCGGAUGGCUGCAGACCUGUCAGCAAUUUCGUUUUGAGAUGAAUGUGAAAAUCAGUGGCUAUUCUCUCAUGGCUGAACACAGAAGGAACUCUGAGACCUGUUCUGAUGCUUUUCAUGAGUGGAUAGAAGAGGGCAGACGACCAUCAGAGUCGCAGUGUGAGCUGUGGGAGGCGACUGUCCCUCAUAAGAGACAAGCUGCAAAACUGGCCAAGUUUUUGGCUUUCAAACAUGGAGAAAGUCGAGUUAGCCUGCCAGCUGUGGGCAGAGCACUGUACGCCUUAUCACUUCAAAAGCUGAGCAGAGCGAGCAGCACUGAGGUGGUCAGCAGAAUAUUACCGCUGCUGCUCCAAGCUGGCUGCUUAGCUGAUAACCGAGCUCUGCACAUGUCGUCGGCGCUCUACAGCGCUGGCCUGGGAGUCAAGGAACAGCCCAAUAAGGCUUGGCUCCUGGCCCUGCUGGCUGCCCAGAAGGAUGAUCGAUUAGCACUUCUGCAUCUUGGGCACCUGCACCAUCAGGGUCUCCAUGGCCUGCCCCCAGACCCAGACCUGGCUUAUGCAUAUUAUGCAAACAUUGCUAAACAGACAACUUUUGACCGUCACAAUCCCACACCACAGCAGACAUUUGUUGAGGCUGUUUACUUAAACAAUGAUGAGGAGUUGGAUCUCCAGACCAAUGAAGACCAUCAUAUCUUCCAGUGGCUGAAACUGCAAGCACGCAGGGGAGCAGCUGAAGCAGAGCAAACGGUUGCCCGCAUGCUGUUCUGGGGUCAGCAGGGAGUGUCUCCAGACAUCCAGAAGGCUGUGAAACACUACGAAAGAGGAGCCAUUCAGUGGGAGGACCCUGUGUCUAUGUAUGACUAUGGCAUAGUUCUACUGCAGGGGCAUGGGGUUGAACAGGACAUCCCAAAGGCUCUCACUUUCCUGAAGAAAGCAAUGGACCAGGAUUUUGUUCCUGCAAUCAAUGCCAUAGCCUGGUACUAUGAGCACUUUGAGAAGGACUACGCGCAGGCAGUGCAGCUGUGGGAACAGGCUGAUCUCCUCGAGUGUCCAGACGCUGCUUUGAAUCUCGGCGUGAUGUACUCACAGGGUCUGUAUCCAGGAAAACCUGCUGACCAGUUUAUGGCCUAUCAGUACUAUCUGAAAUCUGCAGAGAGAGGGCACAUCAGGGGAGCACUUCUCCUCGCUAACAUCUGGACCACUGGGAUACCUGGCAGUGUCAACAGACAACCAUCAGAUGCUGUUUUGUGGGUAAAGUGGGCGGCAGAGCACAACGGAUACCUGGGCAGCGUCUUGCGGAAGGCUUUGGAUUCGUAUCUCAAGAGUGACAUGUUCAACUCGCUGUUAUAUUACCUGAUGGCUGCUGAGUGCGGGUACUCACCUGCUCAGUUCAACGUGGCAUAUCUGUGUGAACAAAAUACGUUAGGUUUUCUGGAUCCUGCUUAUGCAUCAAAUUGCAUGUGGCGAUAUUACAACCGGACAAUCCAAAGUCAAAAUCCUGACACUUAUGCCUUGAACAGGAUGGGUGACCUGUACUAUGAGGGGCAAGGUGACAGGCAGAAAGACUUGUUUACUGCAGCAAGGAUGUACACACUGGCAGCACUAAGGAAUGAGCCACAGGGAUGGUACAACCUUGGCCUCCUUGCCGAGGAGGGUUACAGGCUGCCGCUGUCAGUAUUGAUUGACCUUGGCCUUUCAGAGCUGUAUCUGGCAGACAACAGUUUGCUGCUAAGCACUUUGUACAAAAGAUGCAGAGACUCAGAAGAUACAGAUUCAUACUUGCCCUGCAGCCUCGCCCUCUUCAAUGUGUAUCUUCAGUCGUUCCAAAAGGACUAUAGUGCUGCUAUUAAGAUAUCCACUACUGUUGCUGUGGUUGCAGCUCCAACAAUACUCAUCAUCAUCUUCGGUGUGCUCAGGAGACCUGUCCUGUCUCCCAACUAGAGCCAAGACUCUUAUCAGGACUGUAAGUGGAACAAACUCAGGGACUAAUAUGCAAAGUUGACCACCCUGGCAACAGCGUUGACACAUUUUGUGUUAGUUUACAUAAGUUUACCAUGGAAUCACUGUAAAGAAAACAUGUGAGUGUUAGAAAUAUGAACAUUGUCUUUUAGUACAUGUUGGAAUGUUUUGGGUUUGUACGUUUGCAUUGACUUUUAGCGAAAAGAAUAAGAUGAUCGAACAAUAAAGAGUCUGUUUAAGUGCCACUGGACAUGCCAUCAGUUUUAAAGGUGCUUCUGGUAAGUCAAAGAUGUUAUUCUUAGAUGUUCUAUUGUCUCCCAGUGUAAUGACUCCUUCACCCUGUGGCGUUCUGUGCAUGGAUGACUUGCAGACUUGCUCUUUUUAAUCACUUUGUGUCAACAGAUCUCCUACAGUUUAAAAGGUCAUAAUCCAAUCUGAUAGGAAAAUAUAGAUUAUAAAAUCAUAAUCUGAACAAGUCUUCCCUGAUUCCAAUACACUGCAACAUCGAUUCUGCUCUGGCCUGCUCAGAUAGAGGAUUUAAGCUAUGGGAAGAUGAGGAGAUUUUAACCCUGGGGCUUUUAUUUGAUAAAUACGUGAUGACUACAUUUGAACAAAUUCAACAGGAAUAUGGUUUCUCCCUAGAAACUACUUCUUCAGAUAUUGACAAAUCUGUAGCUUUAUUUAUUCAGAAUCAAAGCAGGCGGUCUCGCCUUUGACUGUCAGACUUCACAUAUUGAGCGUUUACUUCUUGGUAGAGGCAGGAAAUCUGUUUUCGAGCAGGAGUAUGCUGAACUCAACAUUACUGGUUACAUAAAUUCAGAAAAGAACAAGAUACAAUCAAUUUAGACACGGGAUGUAGCCAGGUAUGACAGAAAUGUGCUCCAUGUGUAAAGUGUAAGUGGGAGGUUACAGGCA